AUGGCUUCGCAGGCCGGCCAACAGAAGCCUCAGAUCCAGCCAUGUCGCUACAAGACAGGAAAAACACUUGGUGCCGGGUCCUACUCCGUGGUAAAGGAAUGCGUACACAUAGACACCGGAAGAUAUUAUGCCGCCAAAGUCAUUAACAAGCGACUGAUGGCGGGACGAGAACACAUGGUGCGCAACGAAAUUGCUGUUCUCAAAAGGGUGUCCGUGGGCCAUCGCAACAUUCUGACGCUGGUUGACUACUUCGAGACCAUGAACAAUUUAUACCUUGUCACCGACCUCGCUCUGGGUGGUGAACUGUUUGAUCGUAUCUGCCGGAAAGGAUCUUACUACGAAUCGGAUGCAGCAGACCUGAUUCGAGCAACCUUGUCAGCAGUCGCAUACCUUCACGACCAUGGCAUUGUCCAUCGAGACCUCAAGCCAGAGAACCUACUGUUCCGCACACCGGAGGAUAAUGCAGAUCUACUCAUUGCCGACUUUGGGCUGUCAAGAAUCAUGGACGAGGAACAAUUCCACGUCCUGACCACCACAUGUGGAACGCCUGGAUACAUGGCGCCCGAGAUCUUCAAGAAGACGGGCCAUGGCAAACCUGUUGAUAUAUGGGCCAUCGGCGUGAUCACUUACUUCCUCCUUUGCGGCUACACACCCUUCGAUCGCGACAGCAACCUCGAAGAAAUGCAAGCCAUCCUUGCAGCAGAUUAUUCAUUCACACCGGUCGAGUACUGGCGCAACGUUUCCGACGCAGCACGAGACUUCAUCAACCGAUGUCUGACGAUCGAUCCUCGGGCUCGGAUGACGGCUCACCAAGCACUUCAACAUCCCUGGAUCAAGCCCGAAGACCCUACUAGCCCUGAGAAAGCCGCCGGUGAAGGCCAGGAUCUGUUACCGACGGUGAAGAAGAACUUCAAUGCUCGUAGGACGCUGCACAAGGCGAUUGACACGGUCCGCGCAAUCAACAAGCUACGAGAAGGUGGCGGGCUGAUGGCCGGCCAUAUGGAUGGCGCAAUGAGUGUGGAUCCGAAGCCCAAGGCUGAAAUGGUCAAUGGUAGUAAAGUGCUCAAUGACCAGGGCCAGCAAAUUCAGGGCGAGGAGGCGCGUGGAGGUACGGGGCCGGCGCAGGCUGAAGAAGGUGGCCAUGAUCCUGACGCUAUGGAGAUUGAUUCGCGAGCGGAUGCUCGCGGGCAAACCGAAGACCAGAUUCGGCGGCAGCAGAAGAAGAUCGCCGAUACUGUUAGUGGGUUCUGGGGAAGUAGGCAUUGA